CUGCUCCCUUUCCUUCCGGGUUGCAGCCGCGGCCGCUCCUCCUGCCGUGCCUGGGCCAUGGGGGCGGCUGCUGGCGCCGCCGCCCAUGAGGGAGCUGUGGCCGCAGCGCCGCUGGACCCCGGGCGCGGGCUGUCCCUGCCCCGGGGGCCUGGGAGCUCUGCGGCAUCCCAGGACAAGCUCUUCUUAAUCAAAGGUGGAAUUUUUCUAGGUACUGUUGCUACAGCAGGAAUGAUAGCAGGUUUUGGCACUACACUUGCAAUGACAAAAAAGAAGAACCCUGACUGGUUCAGUAAGGGGAUUACUCCCACAGCUGCACUACCAGAGAGUGGUUCAUCACUGGCCUUACGAGCCCUAGGGUGGGGCUCGCUCUAUGCAUGGUGUGGAGUUGGAUUGCUGAGUUUUGCCAUCUGGAAGGCUCUGGGCGUGCACAGCAUGAAAGAAUUCCGAAGUAAGAUGCAGUCAAUCUUUCCAGCAAUUCCUAAAAAUAGUGAAUCCAGUGUUGAAUGGGAAAACUUACUUAAAUCCAAAUGAAAGACUCAGAGCCAUUUGAAGGUGUCUCUUCCAGCGAGAACAAGAGUGGAAGUAGCAGAAGUGUCCCCUCUGGAAAACAAAGAAGACUCAGACUGAGCAAGUUACUGACUGAGUGCACGGAACCUGGGAAUGCCAGUAAACAUCCAGGAGCAAGGGAGUUCAAGCCAAACCAAACCAAUUAGUACUAUACUUUUUAGCAUGUUUGGUAUGGUUGAUGAUGUUUUCAUGAGAAAAUGAACCCUCCAAGAUAACUUGGAUUCAGCUGGAAAAAAGACUUUUUUGAAGACUUAGAGAAAACACUAAGUUUCUUCUUGAUUAGUUGAUUGAUGUUAUUGAUUAGUAAAUAUAUGAAUAUAAUCCAAAUAAACUCCUGUCCCAUCCUGCAUUUCAAGAAGAAUUUUAUGAAAUUUCUCUAGGAAACGAAAACAGUACUUUCAGUGACUUGUCCUGUUAGGAAUAUAACCAUCAAGUCAAUCAUAACAGAUCUCUUGCUGAGCCUGAGGGUAAAGCAUAUAGUGCACUCUUCAAAAAGAAAGGACAUAUUUGAAUUUGCAACAGAGAAAAUAUCUAAAUCAUUUUUAUAUGUCUGAAGGGUAAGUUUAAAACCCAGUAUUGCAAGUAGUGACCUACAAGCUCCUCUGCAGAGCAUUAGAAGAGAUCUCUACAAAGGUCACUGUUUUCUCAGUAUUAACUUUUUAAAAUUGGAUCCCACAAUAAUGAAUUUGAUUGUGUGUAUAAAAGUCUCUACUAUAUUUGUAUGUCAAUUGAAAUAGUAAGUGAAAAAGUUAUAAAAUAGUAAGACACCCAGUCAGUCUUACACAAAUGUUUUCAGCUGAGAAAGUGUAUGGGCAGGACUAAUUUGGUGUGUUCCAGUCAUUUCUGUGGCUCUUCUACCAGGAAAAGCAAUGUGACAUUUUCCACAUUGCAGCAAUCUCAUGAAGUGUGGGUGUAAACCAGAAAGAGUAAUGUCUUACUCAAAUGUAUUUGCAGAACUGAAGAUAUGUAAAACUGGAGAAAUAAAAAAAAAGUGCCAUCAGUGAACUGUCCUCUGUUGCUUGAUUAGAAGAUUUUCUUAUCAAUUGCACAAAGUCCAGUUAGUCAGUUGUCAGAUUUAAUAAAGUUCUUGUAAAACUUG